CUAGCUAACUGAACGCACGUUAGAGUCAGCUAGGAACAAUAACUAAUAUAUUUGUUAUAAAAUCUAGAUUUGAAGUCACUUUUGAGGUUAUAAAAAGGACCAUAGAGUUUCGCGCGCUUUUUUUUAGGUUAUUUUUAGGCGCGUAAGCGUGUAGUGGACAUUAAUAACCUUUGUGCUUGGAAUUGCAAAUACGGCGGAACACCAAGAAAUGCAUUCCGAGGUGCUAACCGGGAAGUCGCUCCAGCGAGAGCUGGCGGACUCCAUCAUCAGGAUGGUGCCUUUAGACGAGAUCCGGAUCCUGUUGGCUUGUGGAGCUAAGGUGAACGAACCAGUGACACAGGGCCUGCGUCCGCUGCACUACGCGAUCUGGCAGCGCUACCUCGAAGCGACUAGGUUGCUGCUAGUCAGAGGAUGCGAUGUGAACGCCAGAGAUGAUUGUGGGUACAGCGCCCUGCAUCUGUCUUCGGAGCAUGGCUACACGGAGCUAGUAAAACUGCUGCUCCAAAGCGGAGCUGCUGUGGACUACCGCCCUGACACUGGAGAGGAGUUUCCGAGGACCACCCUCUGUGAUGAACCCCUGAGGCUGGCUAUUAGGAACAAGCAUUAUGAGGUAGCCCGCCUGCUCUUAGAGCACGGUGCGGACCCCAAUAAGCGCUACUUCUUCGGCGCCGAGAUCAACCUGGUCUCCGACCCUGAGUACCUCGAGCUGCUGCUGACCUUCGGGGCCAACCCUGACUCUCGUGACCGCGCAGGCCUUACUCCGUUGAUGAAAGCUGCAAGGCAGAGGAAGGGCAUGGAAGCGGUCCUUCUCCUCAUCAGCCACGGCGCUGACGUGAACGCCAUGGCCGACGCCAGGAACGACUACCGGACGGUUCUGCACUACGCCGUGCUCAGUGGCAACACAGACGUAGUGAAUCUCCUAGUGAAGCAAGGGGCCAGGGUCAACUACCAGUGUCCAGCGCUCAGCAAGCCCAGCGCUCUCGACCUGGCCAUACUGAAGGGGGAUGUACCGAUGGUACAACUGCUGUUAGCUGCUGGUGCCAGAGUGAACUCGUCGAGCUCCGUGAUUGGUUCGCCUCUCCACGUGGCCUGCUCUGACAACAUCACCAACAGAAAGGAAAUAGUCCAGAUCCUUCUAGAAAGCGGAGCCGACCCGAACCUGAAGGUGUACAACGAUGAAGACGCGACGCAGCUGCGACCGGCACUGGCGGAGUAUUUGGCUAGCAACCCCGACCCUAGCGGGGAGAUCGUGGCUAUGCUGCUUAGACACGGAGCCAGGGUAAUUAUGAAAACUCAGUUCCGUGACCCGGAUGGCAUUCUGAACCACCUCCAGAACGUCACCGCAGAAGAAUACGAGCACAUCUUCUACCAACUUCUAGAAGCCGCUGAAGCCUUCGACCUCUGCAUGAUAAAGAGAAACAGCAUUCUCAACGCCGUCCAAAAACAAAAAUUAAUCGAACGCGCGAAAACCCCUAUUUCCUUGCUCGCUCAAACUAGAAUCUUCUUCCGAAGGCACUUGGGCAAUUUGCUCGUCGAAUUAGCUCCUAAGUUCGAAAUACCUAAGACCCUGCACCAUUAUUUGCUGUUUGAGUGCAGUUAAACAUAUUUUUUGUAAUUUUAUUGGAUUUUUUUUCGGCACAAGAUUUCCUUGGCCUUUUGUCGGUGUUGCCAGAAAAAGCUGGUUUCCCCAGAUUGCGCGAAUUGAUUGGAUUCAGGGGACCGUGAAAAGGAACGGUUAAGUAUUGGAAAAAAUAUAUUUUUGUAUUUUAUAAGUGAUUUGUAUUAUAUAUUUGACUCUUAAGCCAAUUGUCCUGUUUUAUCGCUGUAUUUUUUUUAAUAAAAUAUAUAUAACAAAAAAAAUGCUUUUGAAAUAUUGGAAAGCAAAUUGUUCCAUUGUGACAUUAGUACCUAUUAUUUAUGUAUGCGUUAAUGAACCUAUAUAACAUAUGACAAUUUCAAAUUAUCGACUACUUGAUUCGAAUUCAUCUGUUUCGCUUAAUUUAGGUUUAACUGCGAUAUUGCGAAGGUACCUAAUUAUUUUUGUAUUGUAUAGUUUUAUCCAUUUUGUAGUCUGAUUACAUUAUUGCUAUGUGAUACAUUGUGAUAUAUAAUUAGAAUUAAGUUUCUACUUGUGAUCGUGCGUGAUCUCAGGUAUAUUAUUCUCCUGCGACUGUAUUUUGAAAAUAUAUGCCUGAUGAAGAA